UUUAUUAUACUAUAGGAACCGAAAAGAAUUUGUCUUGGCCAAAAACAAGUGUUCAGAAGGCGUAAAGGAAUUCUCCAACAAACUCAGUCAAAUGAUGAGAUAUACUACGUUUCCAUUUUCGACAGUUUGGAGCAGCUUUUGAAUGACGAAUUUGUGCUGGAGGAGGUCGAAAAUCCUCAUCUGAGCACUGAUGGACUAUUAAGAGAUUACUGCGAUGGAGAACAGUUCCGAAACCAUCCAUUGUUCUCAGUUGACGAAAAGGCACUUCAAAUAAUGUUGUACUACGAUGACUUGGAGACGUGUAACCCACUUGGAUCAAGAGCCACAAAGCAUAAACUUGGAGCUUUUUACUAUACUCUUGGAAACAUCAGACCUACAUACCGGUCUUCAAUAAAAGCCAUUCAAUUGCUUUGUUUGUGCAAAACGGCAAUGAUCAAGAAAUAUGGGAUGAACGAGGUCCUACGACCGUUUAUUACAGACUUACAAAAACUGGAACAGGAUGAAGGCUAUCCGUUCUCAAUAAAGGGUACUGAAAAAAGAUUUCGAGGCACAAUAGCAUACGCGUCUGCAGAUAAUCCUGGAUCACAGUCACUUGGAGGCUUCAAAGAAGGUUGCUCAGCCCAUUGUAUGUGUCGUCACUGCCUAGGCCUUCAAGAAGAGAUCAAAUCGAAGUUUCAUGAGAAAUAUUUUACCUUGAGAACACCACAAUCGUACGAGGAUCAUUGCGCUCAAAUUUCAACAUAUGGUGAAUACUUCAGUAAAGCCUAUGGAAUCAAUAGAAGAUCUGUACUUAACGACAGCAGGUUUUUCAACGUGGUUGGAGGCCUCCCAACAGAUGUAAUGCACGACAUACUAGAAGGCACUCUGCAUUAUAAAAUGAAGGAAAUGUUGAAGGAAUUCAUCAAAGUUCAAGCUAUUUUGACAUUAGAAGAUUUAAAUGGCAGAAUAGCAAAAUUUGACUUCGGCUACUAUAAUGACAAAAACAAGCCAUCACCUAUAACGGAACAAAAACUGUCGUCAAAUGAUCACAGCCUAAAACAACACGCUGUUCAGAUGUGGUGUUUAGCUAUCCAUCUACCACAGAUCAUUGGUAAUUUGAUUUCCCCAGAAAAUACCAAGUGGAAGCUUUUUCUUAAACUGCUGGAAAUAACAGCUAUCUGCCUUUCACCUGUGGUAUCGCAAGAACAAAUUGCAUACCUUCAAGUACUCAUUGAAGAACACCAUAGUGAGUUUUGUCACCUCUACCCGGAGAGUUCCAUCAUCCCGAAAAUGCACUUUAUGAUCCAUAUGCCGAGUGUUAUGUUGAGUCUCGGACCACUUGCUCGAUCUUGGUGUAUGAGAUAUGAGGCUAAACACCACUAUUUUAAGAAACUGAGCACAAUAAUUGGCAACUUCACCAACCUGCCAUACACUUUAGCAAUGCGCCACCAACAAUGGAUCUCUUAUAAGCUGAACUCUUCUGGAAACUAUGAAUCCUCAUUUCUUGAAAAGGGUAUAGAAAUUGGACCAGGCGACACAGUUUCAGCUGGGGAUCUGUUAUAUUACAAUACCCUGAAACAGGCACAAGAACAAUUAGAACAUGCAACAAAUGUUAGAAGACCAAAAUGGAUUUCAGUUCAUGGAACCAUAUACAAAAAAGGAUGUGUCAUUUGGACUGGACAUGAUGAAGAAGAGAUGCCCAUUUUUGCAAUUGUGAAAGAAAUAUGCAUUGCUGAGGAAAAUUUGAGAAAUGCUUGGUUGGUGACUGAGCAACUCUUGACAAGUUCGUAUAAUCCCCACUUUAAUGCUUACGAAGUAGAAGUACAACUCAGUCAAGAAUUAGUUCUUCAAAAACAAGAAGAUCUCAUAUAUGGCUUUCCCUUACACCUAAUACACAUUACCCUAGAAGAUCAAGUAAAAGUCUUUGUCUGCCCAAAGUACCAAAUCCCACCAAAUGCUUAGAAUGCGAGUCAAAUGAAGCUGACAUAUCAAUUCAUAUAGUGUAUAUAGUGUGUGUGUUUCAGUGUUUGUAUACAAUACUU